CAACAUCUGGUGGUGUUGUUUUUCUUCCCGCCCAAUCCUCGCGCCAAUCCAUGUCUCCUAACAACCGGUAGACUUCCCUCCACCGUCCCUGCGCCAUGAUGCUGGUCAGUCCACUAGUCGCUCUAGCGACUCUACUGACCCCUGUCUGGGCGGACAUGGGACCCUACUUCCACAACGGUAUGUAUGAAGCAGGAAAGCUGGGAGCAUGGCCCAUGGAAACCUACCGUUCAUCCUCCGCUGUCGGCGCGGCCAUCAAUUUCGUCGCAUAUAAUCCCGAAUGUCAGGACGGCCAGUACUACUUCAUCGCCCCUCGCGGUAAAAGCGUGCACAAGCCCGGGCCGAUGAUUCUGGACCACGAUGGCCAUCUGAUCUGGACCAAGCACUAUGGACAAACAUACAACACCAACCUCUACCGAUAUAAGGGGCAGGAUUAUAUAACAUUCUGGGUGGGCAACGACGGAAUUGUCGGACACGGCCACGGGGUAUACUACAUGCUCGACUCCUCCUACAAGGAAGCCUACAAGGUCCAAGCGGCCAACGGCCUCAAAGGAGACAUUCAUGAAUUCCACAUCACCCUCGACGAGACGGCGGUCUUCACGAUCUUCGACCUCCGGCAAGCCGAUCUCCGCGCCGCCGGCGGCCCGAAAGACGGCUGGGUCUGGGACGGCACGUUCCAAGAAAUCGACAUCGAGACCGGCGAAUGUCUUUUCCAAUGGCACGCCUCGGAGCACUUCGACAUCGGCGACGUCGUCCGCGGUCGCGAAGGCGCCGGCGGUGACAAAGACAACGCGUGGGACUUCUUCCACAUCAACAGCGUCGACAAAGACGCCAAAGGAAACUUCCUCGUCUCCUCCCGCCACGCCAGCUGCCUGGUCUACAUCGACGGUCGCACCGGCGAAGUCCUCUGGCGCCUGGGCGGCAAAAACAACAGUUUCACCGACCUCUCCGAGAACACAUCCAAAGGCGCCACCGACAUCUCCUGGCAACACCACGCGCGGUUCCACAACAACGGCACGGUCAUAACCCUCUUCGACAACGCCUCCCGCGGCGUCGGCGCCCCCUCGUACGUCAGCCGCGGCCUCUACCUGGACAUCGACCAGGAACACAUGACCGUCAAGAUCCGCCACGAGUACUGGAACCCCCACCAUCUGAAAAGCCAAUCGCAGGGCUCCCUCCAGAUCCUCGACUCCGGCAACAUCCUCGUUGGCUACGGCUUCAACGCCGCCUGGACCGAAUACACCAUCGACGGCGACGUCGUCUGCGACAUCCACUUCGGCCCCGCCCGCGAAUUCGGUCGCGGAAACAUCGAGUCCUACCGCGUCUUCAAACACCCCUGGGUCGGAUUCCCAAAGACCUGGCCCACCUUUGAGGUCUUCAGCUACGGCACCGCAGCCAGCUGGAACGGCGCCACGGAAGUCCGAACCUGGGUCUUGCAAGGCACAAACAACCCCAACCCCAAACCCCACUCCAUAAACGAGGUCGAAAACGAGGAAUUCACAACCCUCUUCACCACCCCGAAGUCCGGCUUCGAAACCCUCCUCCCCAUCCCCCGCAACGCAACAUUCAGCCACCUCCGCGCCCUCGCCCUCAACGGCACCGGCCACGUCCUCGGCACCACCAAACUCGCGAUAUGGGACCCCGAUUCCGACUCUGCCCUCAUCAUCGGCGGCGAUAAUCUCCCCGCGGAUCGCGAUGACGGUGACGAUGAUAGUGACGGGUCCGGGAGGCUUCACUCCCUCAUUUCUUCGAUUGUGAGCUUCUCGGGCGCCGUGUUCCUGGCUGGGCAUCUGAGGGCCGGGUCGACUUUGGAGGGGAGUUUGGGGUACGGUGAGCGCGGGAGGCUGGAUUCUACCAGUGCGGAGAGAUGAUCUGCUGUGAUGUGAUGUGUCUUGUCUGGGUGUCUGGGUGUCUGGGUAAUGGCACCUUUGCUUAUCAAUUACUAGACGUGUUUGGUCUGGCCAUGUCGUGUUGUUCAGCGUCUUUGAUAUAUACUUACUUACUUGCAUGUAUAGUUGCUUAGGAUUUAUAAGAUUAGGGACGGAAGAUGAUGUCCAGCUUAGAUGGUGUCAUGGCACACCAGUGCACCACCAUAUUCUAACAUUGUUUA